AUGGAUAUCACUUCGGAUAGCAACGCCGCUCCUCUGGAUCCCAAGGCUGCGAAUCGUGCCCGCUUCGAACUCGAGCUUGAAUUCGUCCAGGCUCUGGCAAAUCCAUUCUAUUUGCAUUCUUUGGCUCAGCAAAAUAUACUGGAGCAGCCCGCUUUCAUCAACUUCCUUCAGUAUCUUCUUUACUUUAAGGAAAAGGACUAUGCUAGAUUCAUACAUUAUCCUCAUGCUCUUCAUCACCUUGAAUUAUUACAACAUGCGCAGUUCAGAUCUCAGAUGAAAAAAGAUGAAUUUCUCAGAGAAUAUUUGCAUCAAAAACAAUUCGAUCAUUGGCGCACUUGGCGGGAGCCAACGUCUGUCAAUGCUACUAACCCUGAGGGUAUGGUGCCGGAAGAACCUGAGGCGGAGACUAAGCCCGCAUUAUAA